AUGGGGAGAGUGAAGCUUCAGAUCAAGAGGAUCGAGAAUAACACUAACAGGCAGGUCACUUUCUCCAAGAGGAGAAAUGGUCUGCUCAAGAAAGCUUAUGAGCUUUCGGUUCUGUGUGAUGUUGAUGUCGCCGUCAUUAUGUUCUCUCCUUCCGGUAGGCUUAGCACUUUCGCUGGAAGCACAAAAAGUAUGGAAGACAUUAUCAUGCGAUUCGUGAAUCUUCCGGAACAGGAAAGAGGACGUCUGCAAAACCAAGAGUAUCUGAGAAGGGUUCUUGAGAAGCUGAAAAAUGAAUCAUCAGAUCAUGCAGCCGCCAUUAGCCCAGUGAAUGGUGCUAAUGAUUCUCAAAUCACGGAAAUUCAACGCAAGCUUGAGCAAUGCCAGUCGCGACUGGGAGAAGUGGAGCAGCAACUGCUAGUUUAUGAAUGCGAUCCCGGCGAAAUCAUGACGCUGUACGAGGCGCAGUGUCGGGAGAGAAUUUUCGAGCAAAACCUCAACCUAGUCCGACAGCGCAAGCAAAUUCUGGAGGAGAAGUUUAAUCCCAUUCCCGACACCCAAGCACCUUCAGAGCAGCUGAAUCUGGGUUUGGAGACGACGAUGAACACCAUUGAUUUUGCUCUCGUGGAUAACUGGCUUCCAGCUGACAAAGACCCACAUUCCCAGAUCUUCAACUUUCUUCCCAAUGGCUUUUUUCCUCACAGAGAUGAAACGGGACCCGUUCACCAGCCCAUGGUGGCGCCGCCACCUUUGCCACUGCUUCACGUGGAAAACGUGCCGCUAGGUGACCAUCGCGUGACUUCAAGAGCGGAGGAUGAUAUGCCACGCCCCGGCGACUUGUUUGGACCAAUCAUCGACGUCAAUGUUUCGCCGUGGACACAAUACGGCGGCGCACCAGCGGCGAACGUUCCAUUGCCGUCGACAUACCCGAGAGAUCGAGCGAUUCUUGAAGCAUGGAUAGCACAGUUUAGCACCCCAUCACUAAAUCAAGAUCAUAUAUGAGUGGGAUCGGAGAACAGAAGAUCAUAUAUGAGCUACCGGCGGCUGGCUAGUAUAUAUGAGAAUUUUCUGAAAUAAUAAUGUUUUUCUCUAAAAAUAAAAAAUGGGGGUAUUUUAUGAUUGAAUAAAUACAUACAUAAAUAAAUAAAUGGAAUAGUAUAUGAUAGUAUUAAGGUGGGAGUGGAAGGUGUUUGGGACUUUGAGGAGCUUUUUUAUAAUGGUAAUAAUGUUUAUUGGUGUAGUUUUCAUAUAUUGGUAAUAAAUAGGUAUGUAUUACUAU